UAGGGCCUGCGCGGAGCUCGCUCCCCAGCGCGCUGGGCGGGGUGUGCGGCGAGCGGCUUCCCGGGCAGGCGCGGGCCCUGAGGCGGCGGCUGCGCCGUGCGCCGGGGCGGAGCCGGGGGCGGGCGGGCGGCCGGCGGGCGGGGGCUGGGCCGGAGGAAGCCUGAGCGCCCGCGGCGACGACGGCAGCGGCGGCCCAGCAGGCUAGAAGCGUGGGUCCGCGGCUGCUCCGGGUGCGGCCGCGGGCUGCGGAGCGAGCGGGCGGCCCGGCUCCCCGCGUCCCCCGCCCGCCGCGACUGUCUGGAAGAUGGCGCCGGGCGGAUGGAAAUCCUAAUGACAGUCUCCAAAUUCGCCUCCAUCUGUACCAUGGGCGCCAAUGCCUCGGCAUUAGAGAAAGAGAUUGGUCCAGAACAGUUUCCGGUCAACGAGCACUAUUUUGGAUUAGUCAAUUUUGGGAAUACCUGCUACUGCAACUCCGUUCUCCAAGCACUUUAUUUUUGUCGUCCGUUUCGGGACAAAGUUCUGGCAUACAAGAGUCAGCCCAGAAAAAAGGAAAGCCUCCUCACCUGCCUGGCAGACCUCUUCCACAGCAUAGCCACCCAGAAGAAGAAGGUCGGCGUGAUCCCGCCCAAGAAGUUCAUCACCAGAUUGCGGAAGGAAAACGAGCUGUUUGAUAACUACAUGCAACAAGAUGCCCAUGAAUUCUUAAAUUACCUACUCAAUACAAUUGCUGAUAUUCUACAAGAAGAAAGAAAGCAGGAGAAGCAAAAUGGCCGAUUACGUAACGGGGAUGUGGACAGCGAGGAUAACAACAGCACACCAGACCCAACGUGGGUCCACGAGAUUUUUCAGGGAACAUUAACUAAUGAAACCAGGUGUCUUACUUGUGAAACUAUAAGCAGCAAAGAUGAAGAUUUUUUAGACCUUUCUGUUGACGUGGAACAAAACACAUCAAUCACUCACUGCCUAAGAGGGUUCAGUAACACGGAGACUCUGUGCAGUGAAUACAAAUACUACUGUGAAGAAUGCCGGAGCAAGCAGGAGGCACACAAACGGAUGAAAGUUAAGAAACUACCCAUGAUCCUGGCUCUGCACCUGAAGAGGUUUAAGUACAUGGACCAGCUUCAUCGAUAUACAAAGCUUUCUUACCGGGUGGUGUUUCCUUUAGAACUCCGUCUGUUUAACACUUCAGGAGACGCAACCAACCCUGACAGAAUGUAUGACCUGGUCGCUGUUGUGGUUCACUGUGGAAGAAAAUAGACGCACAAGCUAUUGAAGAAUUCUACGGACUGACAUCUGACAUCUCCAAGAACUCUGAGUCUGGGUACAUCCUUUUCUAUCAGUCUCGGGACUGAAAGGUGCCGCAGUGGAAAGAAGCUUCUGCUUGCUUCUCUGGUUGCUUCCGAAAGGAUCGAGCUGAUGUUUAAGAAGAGAGAAAGAGAGACAGACAGACGCAGGACGCUCAGGGCAGUAGCUCACUUUGCAUACAAUAAAGCAAAGGCUGGAUUAACACGCCCUUCCGGUCACGUUAGUUGAAUUUUUUGCUCAGGAAUCAUGCUGUCUGCAGUUCCACACAAGGACGUGAUCAGAGAUACCAGCUCUUGUGAAGCAGCUGCCAGCUGCCGACACGGUUUCCGUAGUCAUCGCACCAAGGAUGAUGUGAGUUCUUCGGGAGGGCAGUGGAGGAGUUAGGAUGUGCUAGGGUGAUUGAGCACACCGCACUGUGCGCCAGCGCGCGGGAUGCGUGUGUGCACUGUGCAUGGAGCAGUGACGGUCUCUUCAAGCAUCCCGAAAAGUACCUUUGGGCCCAACACUUGCAGUUGCCUUCCUGACGCACAGAGCACAGACACGGAGCCCAGUGUCAGGAGGUCAAAGAUACCUGCUUCUCUGGAGAAGCGUGUGAUCAUAUACAGUGUAUGUACAUGGAGGGAACAGCUGGUCAAAACUGGCUUCUUGAUUCCCCAAGGGGAGAGACUGGCUUUGUAAUGAUCUUUUUUCCUUAUUUAUUUUACUUAAACUGGUUGAGUCCAAGCAUUGUAUGAAGUGCCCGUGAUUCUACCAGCUAGUCUUGGCGUAUUUGAUUAGUUUGUCAGCUGAGGCAGUCCUGUUGUCCGUUUCUGUUUUCAAGGUGAACUGAACAUUGUAACUGAAUCACUAAGGUAAUCAUGAGAGGAUCGUAGUGAGCGGGGUCAGUGCUGUCCCGAGGGACUGUCUCUGGCUGAGCAGUGAGCGGGGGGGUCAGUGCUGUCCCGAGGGACUGUCUCUGGCUGAGCACUUGCUCCUUGGUUAUAGUUUGUCACUUUUUUUUAAAGCUUUAAAUGCAGUGAAGUAGGAGUUCCCUGUUGCUAGAGUGAUAAAGGAAGCCCCAGCAUGAGGCUGGCGUGCUGCCAGCCCGAACCCCAGGACGUCGGUGCGUACAGCUGUGGCAGUCUUUAGUCCUGUUUUAGCCUUGGGAAGGACUAAUAGAGCAGCCAGAACCCCAUCAGCCAGGGCAGCUCAAGCCCUUUGGAAGAUUACAUUUUGGUAGUGUAGUAAUCUCAAAAAGAAGCCCCUCGCCCUCCUGACCUGAGUGUCCUAUUAGAGCGCUGUUCAGACACUUACAGCUAGAUCUGUUGGGAGUUUAGGGAACAGUACGGGAGUCUCCACAUAUGGCCAGGCAUCAAGUGUAUGACAGUGGCUGAAUGUAACUUGCAGUAAGUGGUUGAGGAUUCUACUCAAAGUCCAGCUUCAGACUCUGGGUAGCCAUCCUCACACACACUCCUCAUAGUGUGGUGGCGGCCUGUUGAUAAAGCCCCUGGUUUUCUAAAGCUAUUUUACUAAAACUGUUGACUGAGAAGAAAACAGCAAAAAGAAAUGUUUUUUGUGCUGCUAUGAUUAACAUUUAUUUUCUACCUUUAGCUCAGGAAAUGACUUCAUCUAUUCAUCCCAUAAGCAGAUUUGCAACGGGGUCACUUAGCUAAUCGGGCUUCGUAGACAGAUGUGCUGGGAGAAAAAGAUGACCUUUUGGCAAACUCAUUUUGAUAGUUUCUGAAGCCUUACCCUGGCUGGGUUUCGUGAUCUGCCAGCAUUGCACAGAGAACGGCAACCAAGAGCACGGGGGUUAGAGCUGCGCGCGAGAGAGCACACGCCCGUCGGGCCCACACCAGACUGUGUUGGAAUUCAGAACUGCAUUCUCUGCAGCUUUGUGUUCAAAGAAAAGGCAUAAAGUAGGGCUGAGGCCUUGAGGCUGCCGUGCGCAGCCCUGAAGUACUGUGUCUGCUUGCACACGUUAUUUUGAAGCAGGAAAAGCCUAGUUAAGUUCUCCACAAGGCAAGUUAUAGCAGGGGGCCAAGCUCCAGGCAGGCAGCCUUGCUUGGCUCAGGUCUGUGCUGUACGGUUUGCAGGGGACGGAAUCCUGGGUGUUGGCUCUAAAUUUACUUUUUAUCCUUAGUGCAGAUGGAUCUGAGUAAGACAUUUUGAAUUUUAUCAGAAACUCAGUAAACUUAAAAAAACAUACAGGGUUUGGGUUGGGGACUGGGAUAACAGGUAUAAGAAGUGAGAAAGAAAGGUGACCCACCCAGCACACAUUUCAGGUGAUUGUUUGCCUGUGAUUAUGAUGAGGGCAGAUGCGAGUUUGGACAAGGCUGGUUGCUCUGUAAUUAUGUACAUGUUUGCUUGGGCAGCCGUCCCAAAUUUUGUAUAUUAGAACAAGAGUUUCUAUGAAUUAUCAUAACUAAAGUAAAUAUUCUAAGUGGAGCCCACUUGCGAUCAUCAGCCUCUGUCACGAGGAUUUUACCUUUAGAAGGUUACUCAAGACAGGAGCCGGUGGCUUAGGAAGGGGCAAGGAAAUGUGCUGUAGCGGCCUGUGGCCUCAGCCAUCAGCAUCCCUCGGGGUUUUCUUUCCAUGAUGGCCAUAGAAGACCUCACUUUGAUAACAUGCUCCUCCUGAUGCUUUCUGUAAAGAUGUUCUUCAUAAGCAGUCUCUCGUGAGGGAUGUGGCUGGGAGCUGGGAGGCAAGGGACUGCAGUGAACUUAGCUGUGUGACCUUGGGCAAGUCACCUAACCUCUCUGUGCUUCAGUCUCCCUCUUGUAAAUGGGAGUAAUACCUACCUCACAGGGUUGUUGUGGGGAUUAAUUAGAGAGGAAGUCUGUAAAGCAUUUAAAAGGUUCUUGAAGAAGGCGCUAUAUAAAUACAAAAUAAUAUCUAUUAAAGUUGGCUUAUUUGUGCUUGUCGGUUUUUAA